AUGGGUGAUAUUAUACUACCAGGACGUCGUCUACAUUUACGACAUGGAUUAUAUACGAUUGAUGGCAUGCUUGGUUUUGGUCUUCAUUCAAAAGUUUAUUCAGCACAUGAUGCACGUACAAAGCAAUCAAUUGCUUUAAAAAUAAUUGAUUUAGAACAUCAAAAUGUUACUGUAAGAGCAUCAACAAUAUCACGUCGACAAAGUUUUCAAAAAGAAUUACAAUAUCUAUUACGUUUACAAGCAAUUAAUCCAUAUAUUGUUCGUAUAUAUGAUUAUGAUAUACAUAAUGCCGGUGUUAUUGCUAUGGAACAAGGUACACCGCUUCGAUAUUUUUUACCAAAAUAUCCUAAUCCACCUGUACCACAUUUAUCACCAGAAAGUGUACAUCUAUUUUGGCGUCAACUUGUUGAUGGUGUAAGAUUUUUACAUCGUGCACGUAUUGUACAUUCAGAUCUUAAACCAGAAAAUCUUAUUAUCUUACCAGAUGGACAAAUACGUAUUAUUGAUUUAGGUAUUUCUUUCACAUUACCACGUAUGGUAACAGCUAAAAGACGUAUAUGGGCUGGAACACCUGAUUAUAGUGCACCUGAAAUGCAUAAAUCAUCCAUAGGACUUCCACCUAAAUAUGGUUAUAAAAGUGAUAUAUGGUCAUUAGGUGUUCUUCUUCAUGAAAUGUCAACAGGUUUUCGACCAUUAAUAUCAUUGAAUAGUAAUUUUGAAAAAAUUCAAUAUUUAAAAAAUUUACAUGAUGAUCUGCCACUGGAUCUUAAUGUUUCGCCAAGUGUUCAUAAUGCAAUGAAACAGUGUUUACGACUUUCACCCAAACAUCGACCAACAGCCGAAGAACUUUCUUUACAUCAUUAUGUUGUAAAUGGUUUUUAA